UGCGCACUAAUCGUACGAUUCUUGCGCCAGAUAUCUUCAGAGGAGUCCUUCGCUCGCGUACCCUGAACGCAGAGGGCUUUCCGUUUGAAAUUUGGAGAGAGAGAGAGAGAGAGAGAGAGAGCUUCUUCUUCUUCUUCUUGAGAUACAGGGGCUUCUUCUUCCUGUUCUUGUGCUUCUGCGGGGCUACAGAUGGCUACUCUCACCGUUCCACCCGCGCCCACUUCACCUCAACAGGAUGCCAUCGAGCUUUACCGCGCCUUCAAAGGUUUUGGGUGUGACAGUGCAGCAAUAGUAAAUAUUCUAGCCCAUCGUGAUGCAGCCCAACGUGGCCUUAUCCAGCAAGAGUACCACAAAAUGUAUACGGAUGAUCUAAUGAGACGUCUUUCUUCAGAGCUAAGUGGAGAUCUGAAGAAAGCGGUUUUAUUAUGGAUGCCUGAUCCAGCAGGCCGUGAUGCAACAAUAAUUAGGCAAGCAUUAACUGGUGAUACCAUUGAUAUUGAUGUGGCCACAGAAAUAAUCUGCUCCCGUACCCCAUCUCAGAUUCAUUUUUUAAAGUAUGCUUACCACGGCAAAUUUGGCACCUACCUUGAGCACGAGAUCGGCUGUCUAGCCUCUGGUGAUCAUAAAAAGUUGCUUCUUGCAUACUUAUCAACAGGGCGCUAUGAAGGUCCAGAAGUUGAUUUAGCUAUGGCAGAGAUGGAUGCAAAAGCACUCUAUAAGGCAGGGGAAAAGAGGCUAGGGACUGAUGAAAGUACUUUCAUUCAAAUAUUCAGUGGAAGAAGUAGAGCUCACUUGGCUGCUGUUGCUUCCUCUUAUCAUCACUUGUACAGAAAGAAGCUCAAAAAGGUUGUAAAGAGUGAAACAUCUGGAAAGUUUGAAGAUGCACUUCUUACUAUCCUGACAUGUGCUGAAAAUCCUGCUAGAUAUUUUGCUAAGGGUCUUUAUAAAGCAAUGAAAGGUUUGGGAACCAACGAUACAAAACUUAUUCGAAUUGUUGUUACAAGGGCGGAAAUUGAUAUGCAAUAUAUCAAGGCUGAAUAUCAAAGUAAAUACAAGAAGCCACUAUCAGAUGCCGUACACUCCGAAACAUCUGGCCAGUAUCGGGCGUUUCUUCUUGCUUUAAUUGGAGGGAAACACUAGCGAGCUGGAGCCUCAUUGUUUUACUGUGUAUAUGCAGAUAGUACGAUGUUCUCUCAUGUUUACCUGUAAUGAGCCAGACAUGGUGUUGUACCUUGGGAUUUCUCAAGUUGUGUAUGUAUGUGUAAUGUUGUUGCUGAGAACUACUUAUUCCUAUUGGAGGAAAACACUAGGCUGCUGAAACCCUAUUAAUAUACUGCGUAUAAGCAGAUACUGAAGUGUUUUCUCAUGAUUGCUUGUAAUGAAACGGACAUGGUAUUGUACUUUGGGAUUUCUCAAGUUGUGUAUGUAUGUGCAAUGUUGUUUUC